CCCUCUCCCCGUCUCGCUAUAAAUCUCCUUUCUAGGGUUUCUCUUUCGCUGCUUCUCCUCUCUCGUCCUCCUCUUUCUUUUGCUUCGAGAUCCGAGAGAGCACCAUUAUCGAGGCAUGUCUUAAGGGAUCUCCGACCCUUUUUUAGGGAUCUAAUCUGCGUUCGACUUGCGUUUAUGGCUUCAUCCAAUGAGAACUCAAAUAAUUCUUCUGGGUCGCACCAGCUGCAUGUACCUCUCGAUGAAAGAAUUCUUUUUUCCAUGUCCAGGAGGUCGGUUGCAGCACAUCCUUGGCAUGACCUUGAGAUAGGACCUGGUGCGCCUAUUAUUUUCAACUGUGUGGUCGAAAUAGGAAAGGGAAGUAAGGUGAAAUAUGAACUCGACAAAAGUACUGGGUUGAUAAAGGUGGACAGCAUACUCUACUCAUCUGUGGUUUACCCUCACAACUAUGGUUUCAUCCCACGUACUCUCUGUGAAGACAAUGUUCCAAUGGAUGUGUUGAUCCUCAUGCAGGAACCUGUUCUUCCAGGGUCUUUUUUGUGGGCGAAGGCCAUUGGUCUCAUGCCAAUGAUUGAUCAGGUGAAACAGGUAGAAGGUUCUACUGCAGUCUAUAUUGUUGAAAACAGGGGGAGGAUGAUGAUAAAAUCAUUGCUGUGUGUGCGAAUGAUCCAGAAUAUCGGCAUUACAAUGAUAUCAAGGAGCUCCCACCACAUCGCAUAGCUGAAAUCAGGCGCUUUUUUGAAGACUAUAAGAAAAAUGAAAACAAGGAAGUCGCAGUUGAUGAAUUCCUGCCUUCCACUACUGCAUAUAGUGCGAUACAACAUUCCAUGGAUCUCUAUGCAUCGUACGUUGUGGAGAGCUUGAGGAGGUAGGAUCUUUUACAAGGAUGAGCGAACCUGAGGAUCGUUCGAAGCUUUUGUAUUGUAUCUUGUAUUUUAAAAAAUGCCUGAUCCAAUUGUUGAUCAAUCUGUAAAGCCUAUCUGAAUGGCCAUCGAUGCCACUGGAAUCAAGGCUAAAACUGUCAAUAUAUAGAAAAGCUAAUCCAAUCUUUACU